UGUUCAGGAGAUAGACAUACACAGGCUCCUGAAGACUUACUUCCUCCUUUUUUACCAACCAAAAGGAAGAAGCAAAAGAUAACAUAACAAAUAAAACAUAGGUUAUUGUUAGUAAAUUCUUUAAACUCAUGGCAAAGAAGUUGCUACUGAUUGUCCCCCUUGCUUCACACUUGUUCGUGUACAGAGUGUUGUCGGGGAGUAUCCUUACCAUAGAGAACAACUGUAAUCAGACAGUUUGGCCAGUUAUCUUCUCAUAUGAUUCAAACCUCUCCACCACUGGUUUCCUUCUCAGAAGCGGCGAGGCGCGUAUCCUACAGGCGCCGUCUUCAUGGUUUGGUCUUAUCUCGGCUAGGACGCUCUGCUCAACCAACUCGAGUGGUUACUUCUCGUGCGCUACCGGAGACUGCGAACCCGGCAUCAUAGAGUUAACAGCUACACAAUCAAUGUUGAGCGCGGUUACAACCUUCCCUUAUUGGUGGUCCCGUCACAGCCUAGCUAGACAUGCAUCACCGCCGGUUGUUUGGUUGACUUGAACAAGACUUGUCCAGAGGAUCUUGGUUUAUUCACCGGUGGGAAACAAAUCGGCUGCAGUAGCGCGUGCCAAAAGUAUGACACUAAAGAAAUUUGCUGUACCCAUGACUUCAGGUCAAAGCAAAGAUGCAAGACGACGAUGUACACGCAUAACUUCGAGCAAGCUUGCCCACUCGCAUUUAGCUAUGCCUUCGACGAUAAUAACAGCACCAUCACAUGCCCUAAGUCAACUGACUUCGUCCUCACGUUUUGUCCCUCGUCCAUUCCCAAUAACACCAGAAGCUCCAUGUCUCCAUUUGCCGGACCCAAAAAUAAUUCUCAAGGGAAGUUAAAACCCAUACUCGGAGGCUCAUCCGCCUUAGCCGCGAUGAUCAUUGUUGUUGUGGUUGUGGUAAUGGUUAGAGCAAAGAAUGCAAGAAGAAAACGUGAUUCAAAUUACGAGAACAUUGAAGCGGUUGUAAUGUUGAAACGAUAUAGUUAUGCAAACGUCAAGAAGAUGACAAACUCAUUCGCUCAUGUUCUUGGAAAAGGAGGAUAUGGAACUGUCUAUAAAGGAAAAUUACCCGAUUCGAGCAGACAAGAUAUUGCACUUAAGAUCUUAAAAGACCCAAAAGAGAAUGGAGAAGACUUCAUCAAUGAACUAGCUAGCAUGAGCAUAGCAUCUCAUGUCAACAUCGUCUCUCUGUUUGGAUUCUGUUAUGAAGGAAGCAAGAGAGCUAUCAUCUACGAGUUCAUGCCUAAUGGAUCCCUUGACAAGUUCAUUUCCGAAGAUAUUUCAACGAAGAUGGACUGCGAAACAUUAUACAACAUUGCGUUAGGCGUUGCUCGUGGGUUAGAUUACUUGCACAAUAGUUGUGUAUCAAAGAUUGUGCACUUCGAUAUAAAGCCACAGAAUAUACUCCUAGAUGAAGAUUUGUGCCCGAAGAUUUCGGAUUUUGGUCUUGCUAAGCUUUGCAAGAAAAACGACAGCAUCAUAUCCAUGUUAGACGCCAGAGGGGCCGUUGGUUAUAUUGCUCCUGAAGUGUUUUCCAAGAGCUAUGGAGCAGUUUCACAUAAGUCAGAUGUGUAUAGUUAUGGAAUGGUGGUUCUUGAGCUGAUUGGUGUGACGAGCAGAGACAAAGCUGAAACUUCUAGGUCUAAUAUGAGUUCAAUGUACUUUCCAGAUUGGAUAUAUGAGGAUCUGGAGAGGAAUGAAAAUAUGAGACUGUUAGGAGAUCAUAUAAUGGAAGAAGAAGAAGAAGUAGUGAAGAAAAUGACGUUGGUGGGUUUGUGGUGUAUUCAGACCAAUCCUUGUGAUCGUCCACCGAUGAAAAAGGUUGUUGAAAUGUUAGAGGGAGGUGUAGAAGCUCUAGUGGUUCCACCUAAGCCUCUCUUGACUCCAGCCAUAAUGGCUUGGGAAACCGUUGAAGAGAGUGAAGAGACUACUAGUCUUUUGUCACUAAGCCAGUUAGAAAGAUUUUGACACUAGCUCACUAAGUUUUGGUAUGUUUAUUAAUGUGUUAUAAUCUAUAGAAAAUCAAAUGUUCAUGAAACCUAGGGAGCAUAAAUCUUGGGAACGUGAUUGGAACUCCAUAGUAUUUUUUUAUAUUAUGAACAAGUAGAGAAAGAUUAUAUACAACUAAAUAAAUAUGCGUCUGUUACAAGAAAGAAUCUC